AAAGAAAAGAGCAGCAACCAACCAGCCAAAGCGACGCAACGCAAACGCAACCGGGACUGACUGAGCCGACGAAGCAUCUGGGCCACGCCGCCACAAAAGGCAAGGCAAGGGAAAGCCUCGAUGCCUCCCCUCCUCACCUCACCCGCCUCCCUCUCCUCCCCCCUCCGCCUCGCCUCCCGCCUCGGCGCCGCCGCCCUCCGUCCCACCCCCUCCUCCUCGUCCCGCAGCCGUCGCUUCCUCGCCCCCACCCAAACCGCGGCGCCGGGAACCACCACCAGCGGCGGGUUCGCGGCUAUGAGCUGGCUCGGGAAGCUGGGGCUGGGCGGCGGGGGAAGCCCGCGCGCGUCGGAGGCGUCCGCGGCGCUGGCGCAGGGGCCCGACGAGGACAAGCCGGCGCCCGGGAGCGAGUUCGCGCAGUUCGGGGCCGGCUGCUUCUGGGGCGUGGAGCUGGUGUUCCAGCGCGUGCCCGGGGUCACCCGCACCGAGGUCGGCUACAGCCAGGGCGCCUUCCACGACCCCACCUACGAGGACGUCUGCACCGGCGCCACCGGCCACAACGAGGUCGUUCGCGUCCAGUACGACCCCGCCGCCUGCAAGUACGACGACCUCCUCGAAACCUUCUGGGCGCGCCACGACCCGACCACGCCCAAUCGCCAGGGGGGCGACGUCGGAACCCAGUACAGGUCAGGGAUCUACUACUACACAUCAGAGCAGGAGAAGGCGGCGCUCGAGUCUAUGGAGAAGCAGCAGAAGGUUCAGAACCGGAAGAUAGUCACUGAGAUCCUCCCCGCGAAGAGGUUCUACAAGGCGGAGGAGUACCACCAGCAGUACCUUGCGAAGGGCGGUCGCUUUGGCUUCAAACAGUCCACGGAGAAGGGCUGCAACGACCCCAUCCGCUGCUACGGAUGAACGAGCCUGGUGACCUGACCAGCAUGGAAGCACACAAGCAGCAAUGUUAUAGUCGAGAACGCUGCCUGAAUAAUGGUGGAUGUCAGCCGAAUUUCACUACAGUUUUCCUAGCUUGUGCUGUUACAUACAAAGGAUUGUAAGAGAGAAGAAAGUUAUUACCAUUAUUCCUUAUUAGUGUUGAAUUACCAUUGUAAUUUAGUGUUGAAUUGCCAUCAUCCUUAGGAUAAAUUAUGGCCUGGGUAAUAAAGUUCAUUUUAAUUACGAAAA